AUGGGUGGUGGUGUGACGGGAAGUUCCGUUGCAUACCAUCUUACUAAAAGGAAUGUUAGGGACGUAUUGCUACUUGAAAAGGAAGAAGUAGCCACUCCAAGCGGUGCUUCCUUCCAUUCACCUGGUCUUGUUUCUGCCAGUCAUCCAGCCCAUCGCUAUAAACCUAUACUCGCAUAUUCGGUCGAACUUUAUAGCAAACUUCAGGAGGAAACUGGUGAAGUUCUGAAUUUCGAAAGAAGUGGAACUAUUCGUCUCGCUACUAACCCAACUCGACUACAAGAGUUUAAGCGCUACGUUGCAAGGGAUUACUACAAAGAAGGAGAUGCAUGCAAAACCACACUACUAACGCCUGAUGAAGUUGCUAAACUCGUUCCCAUCCUAGACAUCAAACAGGUUCUGGGCGCUUUGUAUACUUCAAACGACGGCAUGAUUUCAGCUUCAGGUUUGAACCGCGCGUUAGUGAGCGGUGCGAAAGCAGGAGGUGCGCAAGUAAUCCAUUCAACGCCAAAAUCAAUACGAUAUGAUAAGGAAAAAGGGCAGUGGAAUGUAGAAUUGGCUAAUAAUAGCCUAGUGACGGCGCGAAACUUGCUAAAUGCUGGAGGUAUUUGGGCGAAUGACAUUGCUCGUAUGUCUGGUCAUGAGCUGCCAGUGGUUAUUGCUGAGCAUCAAUAUGCUUUUCUUACGCCUGGCUCUGCACCACCGGAUACACCUGCUAUUAUUGAUCAUGAUAGCACUUUCUAUAUGCGAAAGUUUGGUGAUAAGUAUAUUUUUGGUGGUUUUGAACCGAUUGAGAAGGUAACGUUUAGAGAAGAAUGGUAUCGUGACGGUGUUCCAACAGAGGGUUCCCUUGUUGUUACUCCCAAUUUCUCUCGCUUGGAUGAAGCCUACGAACGAGCGUGUGAAUUAUUUCCGUGUAUCAGAGAUUCACAGAUUGAUGCUAAAGCGGCUCUAUUUACCAUGACUCCAGAUGGAUAUCCUCUGGUUGGUCCUUUUGACAAAAACUAUUGGGUGUCCACUGGUUUUCUUGAUGGAGUGAGCAGUGGUGGUGGAAUGGGAAAAUACAUAUCUGACUGGAUGGUGGACGGCGAACCUCCCUUGGAGUUAUUUAUUGUGGACAAGAGUCGUGAAACCUACUCUAUGUUUUACAAUUGGUCCUACACUAAUAGAUUGGGUGCUCGGCCUACUGAUCGUGUCAGUGGAGUCUAUGGACGUUUGAAAAGAGACAAGGGACAUUUUCUAUUCCGUAAUGGAUGGGAGGUCUCACAUGUGUUCGAUAUUGAUGAAGAAGGAAUGUUGUCAACAGUAAGUCGUGAGUAUGAGAUGGUGACGAAUAAAUGUGGUGUCAUAGAUAUGUCUUGGAAAGGAAAAAUAGAAGUAAGGGGAGAAGACGCUGAUGUGUUCAUGGAUUAUGCGAUCUGUAACCAGAUACCUCCACUUGGGAAAAUAGGCUCUGGUUUGAUGUUAACUAGACAAGGUCGUCUUUUCGCCCCAUUGAAAAUUUUCCACCACGACAACACGCGUUCCGCAUUUAUUAUGCUUACAGAGCCGGAAAGAGAAAGCAGAGAUAUAUACUGGCUUCGACGUGCUGCUGCAGAAAAGAAAUUUAAUGUUCAAGUGAACUGCGUGUCGGAAUAUCUCGCUUCCCUUGCUCUUGUCGGGCCUAAUAGUAGACAAGUCCUUUCGGAGUUAACGAAGUCAGAUGUAUCAGAAGAAGGAUUCCCACAGCGCUCCACUCGUUUGAUGAGGCUAGGAGUCGUAGCAGUUGUGUGCGCUCGAAGUUCCACGUCAACUGGUCAGCUCAGCUAUGAGCUCUUCCAUAAUAGAGCCGACUCCGCAAAACUAUAUCAGGAGAUCAUCCGUGCUGGCACACCACAUGGGGUGGUGAACUUCGGUCAGGCGACAAUGAAUAUAAUGCGACUUGAGCACGGCUACAAAAUUUGGGGACGAGAACUCACUCUGAACACGAAUCCAUUCGAAUGCGGUUUGGGAGCUCUUGUCGACUUCAACAAAGAAGAUUUUAUCGGAAAACCAGCAGCUUUGAAUUUAAGCAAACAAACUUUCGAUCGUAGAUUAGAACUACUCACGUUUGAUCCUGCCGAUAACUCGGAUGUGCCUCUUGAAUGGAAGAAUCUUCCAUUUGGAAUGGAAGUUGUUCGUCGAGAAGGACAGGAAGAGCGUAUUGGUCAGAUCACAUCAGGUUCAUACAGUGUUCGUCUUCGGCGACCAAUUGCAUUCGCGUGGAUAGAUAGUAGCGUGCAACCAAGUGAAAGGUUAACAGUUGACGUAGGGCUGGAUCGCAGGUUAAUAGCAACCAUCAUGGAAAAACUUCCACAUACUCCUAUUCAGUAG